CAAAGGAAUUUGGGGAUCGCCAAAAAGGUCCUCGAGUGGUACCCUAACAUUCUUCAACCUGUCGAUAUACCGGUGCACCGCCUCAUUGAAACCGAGGCUCAACAACAACCAGAUGCGCAGGCUCUAUGUUCAGGGACUGAUAUUCUGACUUACGGCCAGCUCGACGGUCUCUCAUCCCGUCUAGCAUGCCACCUCGCUACGAGAGGGGUAGGCCCCGAAGUCAUCGUCCCACUGUGCUUCGAGAAAUCAGUAUGGACCAUUGUCAGCCUGCUGGCCGUGCUGAGGGCAGGCGGUGCCUUUCUGAUGAUGGAUGCUUCACAGCCCAUUGCCCGUCUUCAAUCGAUUGUUCAGCAAACAGGGGCGGAGUUUGGGCUGUCCUCGACAAACUGCUACGAGACUUGCAAGGCUCUAGUGGGGGAGGUAUUUGUCGUGGAUGAUACGGCUCUGGGAGCAUUGGAGAAGGGAUCUAUCACGACCCCACCAAGUCUCAGUAAUGCGGCAUAUCUGAAUUUCACUUCCGGUAGCACUGGGACACCGAAAGGGGUGGUGAUUGAACAUACUCAACUCGCAACCUGCUCGACUUAUGUUGGGGAAAUACUGGGCUAUGGACCUGGCGCUCGGGUCUUCCAGUUUGCAUCAUAUGCCUUCGAUGCAUGUAUCACUGAUAUCUUCGCAACACUCGUCCACGGCGGCACGAUAUGCAUCCCCUCUGAAUGGGAACGCAACAACGCUAUUGUUGACGCAAUGCGCAAGAUGAAAGUGACACAUGCCAAGUUCACCCCGUCGCUGGCUAGCAACCUGGCUAUCGAGAACGUCCCAAGCCUAACCACCUUGGCUUUUGGUGGUGAGAGUCCUCCAGCAUCUCUAGUUCAGAAGUGGGCGGCGAAGGUCAGAUUGGUUCUAGUUUAUGGACCUACGGAAUGUUGUGUUAUUUGUUUUACCUCAGAUGCAAGCCAACACAAGCCAGCCCCCGGGGAGAUCGGUCGACCAGUUGCUUCACGGGGCUGGAUCGUGAAGCAAGACAAUUACAAUGAAUUGGCAGAAAUAGGGGAGACUGGCGAACUGCUCAUCGAGGGUCCACUUGUCGGCCGCGGAUACUUGAAUGAUCAAGCAAAGACAGACACGCAAUUCAUUCAGGAUAUUGGAUGGAAGCCGGUGUUUUCCAAACCUGGAAAGCCGAAUCGCCUCUACCGCACUGGAGACUUGGUCAAGUAUCUCGAAGACGGGACAGUUUGCUAUGUGGGCAGGGUGGACAACCAAGUCAAGAUCCGCGGACAGAGAUUGGAACUCGAAGAAGUCGAACAUAAGUUGCAAGGCUGCGUGGUUGGAAUGAAAGACGUGGAACUCCACCACCUUAUCGUUGAUGCAGUCGUUUUUGCAGGGUUAACAAGCAAGCUUCUCGUGGCCUUUCUACAUCUCAACACCCCUAAGGCCAUUGGAUUCUUGGAUUGGGACCGCGAUGGACCUGUAAUACUCACAUCAACAGAGGAGAAAGAAUACUUUUCAUCCAUGGUUUCCGAGAUUGAAGCCAUGAUGAAGUUGCUGCUUCCAGCAUACGCCAUUCCUACAGUCUGGAUACCACUCCGAACCGUUCCCUUUACCAUCUCACGGAAGGUAGACCGCAAACAUCUGCACCGCGUCAUUUCAAAUCUUUCCAUCAAGCAACUCAUGGCCUUCACCAACCCGUUUACCCCAAACUUGACCGACAAUCCCACCGAGAUGAAUGAAAAAGAAGUCAAACUUCAGAAGCUAUGGGCCGAUGUCUUCGGAGUUGACGCUUCGACCAUCGAGCCAGGCGACCACUUCUUUACUUUAGGAGGCGACUCAAUCCUCGCUAUCAAACUGAUUGCUGCAGCAAGGGCUGAGGGUCUGGAUCUGAGCCUUGAAAUUGUUUUCAAGAAUCCUGUAUUGCGAGGCAUGGCAAGCGUCACCGAAGAAAUCACUAUCAGCGACGAAGAUGUCACUGAUCCGCCGCUAUUUUCUCUGCUUGGAACCCGAGACGUCCGUCAAGUGAUCCAAGAAGCAAGCAAACAGUGCAAUGUUGCAGAGAGUUGCAUCGAGGAUAUUUACCCCUGUUCGCCCAUGCAGGAGGGGCUGCUUGCCCUAUCGCUGAAAGAUUCAGGGACGUACAUUUUGCAGUUCGUAUACCAAAUGUCGGAGUCUGUCGAUCUCGAGAGGCUUAGAGCAGCAUGGGAGACUGUCUCGAAAAGAACACAAGUGCUAAGAACUAGGUUCUUCGACUUCAAAUCAGACUUGCUGCAGGUGGUGGUUGAUGAACCCCUGAAGUGGCGAGUCGUCGAGGAUGACCUGGCAACAUUUCUAGCAGCAGAGAAGGACAGCAAGAUGAACUUUGGCGAGCCAAUGUCGCGGCACAUUGUGCUGCGCCAGCAAGACCGCAACCAGCUCUUUCUUGUAUGGAAUGUCCAGCAUGCCUUAGUUGACGGGUGGUCCGAGUCAGAUAUCGUCACGAUGGUGGAGGAAGAAUACAAUGGAACCACCCCCUCAGGCUUGAAAAUCCCUAAAUUCAAUCGCUUCAUCAAACAUAUCGCUCAACAGGACACCAAAUCUGCCCGCACCUUCUGGACCCAGCAACUUUCCGACGCCUCAGCCCCUGUCUUCCCUCCCCUCCCCUCCCCAACCUACGUCCCCAAAGUCCAACGCUCAAGCCGCAUCCUCCACCAUUUUGAUUCCCACGUCGACGCUGAACUGGAACACAGAGUUCAACUAUUUCGUCGCGGCUCCGCCACCCCCGCAACCAUGAUCCAAGCCGCCUGGUUCUUGCUCAUCGGGAUCUACUCCCACACGUCCGACGUCAUCACGGGGGUGACCCUCAACGGCCGCGCUGCACCCCUACCCGGGAUCGACCGCAUUCCCGGCCCAACGGUGACUACAGUCCCUUUUCGGACGAAAUUUGCCCCAGAAAUGAAGGUGGCGGAACUGUUAGAGAUGAUACAAGCCGAAUAUCUCCAAACUCUCCCAUAUGCCCAAUUCGGCCUCCAGCACAUUCGCCAACUAAGCGAGGACGCGGUAGCAGCGUGCAAGUUCCGGAGCUUGCUAGUUGUGCAAUCAGCUAAUCGCCCACUCAACUCAAGAACAGUACUCAAGGGAAGGAGUUACUCGUUCCCCGUGAUGGACUUUGCGCUGGUUAUGGAGUGCGAGUUGGUGGACGGAAGUGUGGAGUUUCGGGCCACGUUUGAUCGGCUGAUUCUUACGGAGGCGAGGGUUAGGCGCAUGCUUGCGCAGAUGGAGAGUAUUCUGCAUAAGAUCUCGCGGAGUGGGGAUGCGAUGACGGUGGCAGAGUUGCAGCAGAUUUCGAAGGGGGAUUGGGAGCAGGUUAUCGAGUGGAAUGGUGCGGCGAGGCCAUUGAGGCCAAUAGAGUCGUGUGUUCACGAACUGAUUAAGCACCAUACUCAUGCUGCUAGUCAAACCCCAGCAGUAUAUGCAUGGGACGGCGAAUUGACUUACAGUGAGCUCGAGCAACAUGCUUCGGGAUUGGCCUCUUGUAUUCAGGACCACUACAAGGUGCAAACUGGGGCUUUGGUCUUAAUCUGCUUCGAGAAGAGCAUAUGGGCCAUCGUGUCAAUUCUUGCCGUACUCAAAUCCGGAGCUGCAUUUGUUCCGGUGGACCCAAAGCAGCCCGAUCAGCAGAUUAAGACGACGAUUAAUGGUUUGGGAGAGCAUUCAGCCAAUCUGGUUCUGGCGUCUCCGUCACAGCUUGGUCGAUUAAUGACCAUGGGGCUCAGGGGUGUUUCAGUUGAUGCUGUAUCGAUUGCCGCUCUGCCUGGCGCAAAGGCAACUGAUAAAACCGUCGCACCCUCUUCUGUAGCCUAUGUCGCGUUCAAGCCUUCGGAUUCAGGGAUUCCAAGGGGAAUCGUAUUCGAUCACCAAGCAAUAUGUUCUGGUAUUACAGCUAUGGCUCCUCUUUCGCGAGUCUUCCAGUUUUCAUCAUACACAAAUCCUGCCACCAUCUGGGAUAUCCUUUCCACGUUGGCCUCUGGAGGCUGUGUUUGUAUACCACAAGAGAAGACGGGGUUGGGCAACCUCAAAAAGACCAUCAACAACUUCAAACCUGAUCAACUGACCCUAUCCCCGACAGUGGCCAGGUUCCUCCGUCCAGAAGACGUUCCGAGCGUGAAGACACUUGUCUUGACUGGGGAGCCCGUUUCGGAACAACUGUUCGAGCGAUGGACAGACCAUGUGACGUUGGCAAACAUGUACAGCAUCGCUGGGUGCGCGGGAUACUGUCUCGGUCAAGUGGGAACACACCAAAAUAGUCCCAGCAACAGUGGUCGGGGCAUCAACGCUUCAACCUGGAUCGUCGACCCCACCGACCCGAAUAAUCUUACCCCUAUCGGCGGUGUUGGUGAACUCUUGAUUGAGAGUGCCAGCCUAGCACGCGGUUAUUUUGAGGAAGAAGAAGGAACGCAGCCAGCAUUCCUUGAUGAUCUGACAUGGCUCAGGCAAGGAUCAUCGGCAUCAAGACGACGAUUCUUCAAGACGGGCGACUUGGUUUCAUAUAAUGCUGACGGCACUCUUUCUCUUAUAGGCCGUAAUGAUGGUGAAAAUCUAUUCAAUGGGCAGCAUAUUGACUUGGCGGAGGUGGAACAGCGACUACGUGAGAGCAUUCCUUCGACGGCUGGAAUAUUUGUGGCCACGGUUUGUCCCAGUCAAGGGAGCCCAGUGAUUGCGACCUUCAUCGCUGUAGGCUCUGAACAGCUUGCGUGGUAUCCUACAGCAGUAAAUUUGGAAACUUCAAUGGACAACUUGAAAGAGUUCCGUAGCUUGACGGUGGGGAUAGAGGCCAUGUUGCACUCCAUACUCCCAAGUCAUAUGGUUCCGUCGCUCUAUAUCCCAAUCCAAGCGAUUCCCCUCUCAAACUCCGGUAAGAUCGACAGAAAAGCGCUUCAGCAUCUCGUGUCUGAUUUGACUCAACCUGAACUUGCGGAGUUCCGAGGAGACACGACGACCGUGAAAACCUUUCUACCUCCGUCAACCCCGACAGAAAAGCGCAUCGCCAAACUAUGGCAAACACUCCUUGAAGUCGAUCGGGUCGGAAUCGACGACAACUUUUUCAAGCUCGGUGGCGGAAGCGUCAGCGCAAUGCGUCUCGUGUCCAUGGCUCGCCGAGACGGCAUGACGCUAACGGUCAGCGGCAUAUUCAAGACGCCAACACUCAAGGAAUUGACCUUGACGGUUUGUGAGACUGCGGAUUCGGUUGAUGUCGCAUCUUUCUCCCUCUUGCGCCGGUUGGAUCUUUCCGAGGUAAAACUCCAGGCAGCGGAGCAGUGUCGAGUGGAUAUUGCAGCAGUACAGGACAUAUACCCCCUUUCGGCCAUGCAGAUGCAUUACAUAACCGGCUACCCAGAAGCCAAACGGAACAUCGCGGGGCCAUGGGACUGGCAGUCCCAAGUUGUGUACGCACUUCCGCCGUCUAUCGAUAAAGAGAAGUUCCAGGAUGUCUGGAACGCCGCCGUCCGUCAGCAUCCAACACUUCGCACCCGCGUGGUCAACACUCCCUCGGGGAUAUUCCAAGUCGUUCUCGAGUCUUCCGAUCCACCCACUUGGAUAAAAGCAGACGAUCUUGACCAGUAUCUCAAGCAAGACAGGUCAGAAUCUAUGAGUUUCGGCUCCAACCUCCUCCGCCUCGCCCUUGUAUCCUCCCCCAAAGACCCCGAUGAGCGGUAUUUCGUAAUGUCCAUGCAGCACAUAAUCUACGAUGCUUUCGCACGAAGCAUGCUCUUCCAAGAAGUCGAACGCACAUACCUUUACGGUACUUCACCUUCGACCCCAGCGCGAGCAAUGCCCCAGAUGAACCACUUCAUCAAGUACCUUCUCUCCGCCAACAAGUCCACCGCCCUGGACUUCUACACCUCCUACCUGAGCGGAGCAAAAACGAAACCUUUCAUCGACGUACCAGAGGACUGUUACGCGAUGAAAACCAAAGAAAAGAGCCUUAUCUUGGACCUCCCAAAGAUCGAUGGGCCAGAAGCUACACUGCCAACCAUCAUCGAAGUAGCCGGCUCCCUCGCCAUCGCGCACCGUGUCCAAAGCCGCGACAUAAUCCUGUACUCCGACCGCUCCGGCCGCAACCUGCCCGUAGAUGGAAUUCAAGACCUUAUCGGCCCCACGACUCUCUUUCUCCCCGUGCGAGUCCGUAUCAGCCCACAGCAGCAAGUUUGGGAUCUGCUCCGCGAGGUGCAGGGGAUGCAGACAGCAAUGCUGCCACACGAGCACCUGGGAUGGUUAGAAUUGCGGGAGAUGGACGAAUUCAAGCAUCUGAGACGAAAUGCUGUGAAUAUGAAUAUCAACCCGAAUCGACUUGCUUCGCUGGGUGAAGGGUGGGGGUUGGAGUACAAGGGGUCGUGGAUGAGUUGUGAUGAUGCGUUUGGGAUGAAUGUGGAUUUGUACGGGGAGAAGAUGGAGUGGGUUGUGUACUAUGAUGAGAGGUUUAUAUCUGACGAGGCUGUGGAGGCGCUGUUGAGGGAUCUGAGGAAGGUUUUCUUGCAGCUGGUUGGUUCGCGCAAUGGGGAACUUACGGUUGGGGAUGUCCUUGAUGGCUUGGAAGGCGAUAGGGAAGCAGGAAGCUGAUGAGAAAUACAUGAGGCAGAUGGAACUUUUUCUCUUGUUAAGUAUACAGUGAGCAACAAUUUAAGCAU